GGCAAUUCGCAAUCCGCAAAUCGCAACUUCUAUUGCUCCAAGCCGCAACGUAUUCCAGUCCGCCUUUUCCCAAUUUAAUCGUCAUCGACAGAAGCAAGCUGACUAGAAUGGCUCCGAUGUUCCCUCGCGCUGCAUUGGCUAUUCUCCUCGCUCUUGCUCUUGGAGCGCUGCUCCCUCCGUCCGCCCUCUCCGCUCGCCCCGGUCUGGGAGUUCGCGCCAAGAUUCUGGCCUCCCUCCAUGGCAGGCUCUCCACAUCGUGUGCGGCACUCAACGCACGCAUUGGUGGCACCAGCAGCCUUGUUGGAGCCAAUGUGGGCGGCACGGCUGACAUCAGCAUCCUCAGGAGGGGCGCGUCGGUGUAUCUCUCUUACAAGAUCACCGCGCAGGGACUGACUCAGCGCCCCUCCUCUACCCCUGCCAUCAUCACCCGCAACCCCUGCUCCCCUUCCUCCUCUUCCUCCUCCUCCACCACCUCUUCCUCUCCUGCUGUUUCCGCAUCUGCCUCGCUCUCUGGCGAUGGCUCCCUGAGCGCCUCCCCCUCUCCCACCCCCGGCGCCACCGGCUCUGGCUCGCUCUCCACCUCCACCUCUCUCCUCAACUCCUCCCUCCAAGCAACCACGGCUGCCGGCGCUGGAGUCUCCCUCUCCCCCGACGGUUCUCUCUCAGGCGCGGGCGGUCUUUCCGCCUCCACCAACCUACUCAACACCUCAGCGUCUGCUGCUGCUGCUGCUGCCAGGGCUGACGCAUCCCUCCCCAAAGGCACUGCCUCCGGCUCUGGCUUUGUCUCUGCCUCCACCGGUCUCCUCAACACGUCUGCAGGUGGUGGCGCCACUGUUGGCGCUUCCCUUCCCAACGGCACAGUCGCAGCAGCAGGCGGUAUCUCUGCCUCCACCGGUCUCCUCAACACGUCUGCAGGUGUGGGAGCAGGAGUGGGCGUGUCUCUCCCCAACGGCACUCUCUCCGGCUCUGCCUCCCUCGAAACCUCCUCCCCUCUCCUCAACACCUCAGCUGGCGCCGGCGCUGGUGUCAACGCAGGCUCGGGAGGCGUCCAAGCCAACGUCGGAGGGUCGGCGAACCUCGACCUCUCCCCGACUGGCCUUGCUUCGGGUGUGGGUGGGGUUCUUUCCGGUGUGGGUGGCGCCGUGGGGAAUGUGGUCGGCUCGGCAGGGAAGGCUGCAGGCUCGGUGGUAGGCUCGGUGGGCAAUGUUGCAGGCUCGGUGAUUGGUACUGUGGGUAAGGUGGCAGGCUCGGCAGGGAAAGCGACGGGCUCGGUGAUUGGCUCGGUGCCUUCUUUUCUGUCUCCCCUGGUUGCUCUGCCUGGUGCGUGGGUGACGGCAGCAAUCGAUGCUAAUGCCAACACCAAUGCUGCUGCCCGUGCUGCUGCCAGUGGUGCUGCUGGUGGUGCUGCAGCAAACGUGUAUGCGAUGGUGGGAGAGACGCGCAUCUCUGCUGAUGUCGCCUCGUCUCUCCUCGCUCGCAUCUCCUCCGCCUCCUCCGCGCCCCUCUCUCUCUUCCUCCAUCUCAACAGCCAGCUCAAUCUCAUCGCCUUUCUGGAGUAAUCCGGGCUUGGCUAGUACAGCAAUACGGCCUGGGCAUUGCCAGUAGGGGUUUGACGCGAGGAGGAAAAGCGAGUCAAGGAAGCUUUGAUUUGAUGAUAUAGUGCCGGGUGUGCAGGCACGUUCAACUUGAUGGAAUGUGCCUCCCUUGCCUUGAGGGGCGGGUGGCUGGUCAGAUCCCGCGACAUCCGAGACUGGUGGGGUUAGCUGAGGUUGGUGGGGCAGGCAGGCAGGCAGGCAGGCAGGCAGGCCGGCACUUUGUAUCAAGUU